GAUUUCUAAAAAAAGAUCCAAGAAUUUUUCUCAAGCCUUCGUUUUCAGUUAAUCUAUUCAAGUGGCCAAUUACUUUUAAUCAUCGAGAUCAUUUUAAAUUAACCCUGUGUUUUUAAAGAUUGUUAAUAUUUUAAACGGCCAAGCAAUGGCUUCAGUUCCUCAGUACCUUGGUGUCUCCUCGGAGGAUCUCAACAGUGAAGAGCCUACAAAUGAUCUUGCAAUUGCUCCUGAAAAUGGUGAUGAAUUUGAUGCUUGUAAUGAUGAAACUUUCGGUGAUUCUGCCACAUUUGAUGAAGAUUGGGAGCAAGCACAUGAACAAUUAGCAUCAAUAGUUAGUGGUCCCCCACCAGAUGUAAAAGAAACAAUCAAUUAUCAUUUAAACCGAUUUAGAUCCAAUGUUAUUGUUGACAGUGAGCACAAUGAAAGUGGAUGGACGCCAUUUAGUAUGGAUGGAUUCGCAUUCAACAUUAAACCAAAUAUGUGUUCCAAUGACCAAAAUAAUAAGUUAUUUGCUCCAAUAUGUCACGGUAAACCGGGAUCAGGUGAUUCGCUAUUACCUCAUCCUGCUCCCCAAUCAAAACUUCCUGGAGGUUAUAAUGGUAAACCAGUUAAACCUAUGACUCUAGACGAAUUAGAGAAACUAUUAUUGUCCGAUAAUAGUCAAGAUGAUAACGCGAAUUCUAAUAAUUUAAAGCCAGUUGAUAAGCCUGAUGAUCCUUUGAAAAAAUUUUUUCCUGGAGUUAACUUGGUAACAAUUGAUAAACAAGAGAAGAAAAUUUCAUCUGAUCCACCAAAUAAUAUUCAAUUUCCAAUUAUUUCGACGAAUGAACAUAACAAAACAAGACCUUUAUUUUAUCAAAAUCCUCCACCACUUUUACACGGUUUUAGGCCUUUUAAUGAACAUAUAAACCGACCAAUAACAGGGAUACCUCGCAUGAUGAUUCCUCCAUUUUUACCCCUUCUACCAGGUCCCAUUCGUAAUCCUUCACUGAUUCAAUUUCAACAACGACGAUUUCCUCAUGAAAGAAGACAAUUUACUUAUCGACCUGGAGGAUUUUAUCCCAACCCCGGAAGAAACGAAGACGAAUAUGCUGGACUGAUGACUCAAAGCAAUAAAGAAUGGCUGUUGAAAGUACUCAAAGGAAGUUUAAAUUUUGCUAAUCCAUAUAGAGAGGAUUUUUAUUAUGUCUCAUUUAAAUCUAAACAAUUAGCAGCCGCCGCUAAAGCUGAAAAAGGAGAUGGUGACUUUCAAAUUCCCUCUGUGAUUAUUCCGGAAAGAAAAGUCGAUGAAAGUACAAUAGUUGAAUAUGUUCCAGUACAAUUUGAAGGAUCAUUGGGUAAAAUUCAAGUGGCCAAUGUGAAAUGUCCUAGAAAAUUAUUAGAUGUUGAUUUUAAAUCUAAAAUUGUCGAUCCAAGUCAAGAUCGGCCAACAACACCAGUAGGUCGAGCUGAACUUAACGCUUUUCGUCGAUUACUUUUGGAUAUUGAACAACUUUACGUGGUCAUGUUGGAAAUCGAUGAGGAAGAUAAGAAAAUGGGUGCUCUCCCUGAAGAUCAACGGACACCUCAUGCUGAUAAACGAAGAGAACUUUGUAAUCAAUUAUUCAGAGGAAUUUACGAUGAGCGAAACAAUGACAUAAAUAGAAAAAUAGCAAGUGUUCGCAAAGGUUUAUCUUUAAUUGUUCGAUCACUUCAAGUUCUAAGUGAUCCAAACCAAAAAGCUGCUAUUCUUAAAAGUCUUGAUCAACUUAAAUCACCAUGAGAAAUGAUGAAAAGGAAAAUCAACAAUUAACAUAAUUUUUGUUCUCAAUUGCUGUUACAAUUGAUCUGCUUUGUUUUGAGAAUCAAUCGAGAGACAAUUCGUUUGAAUUCAUGUUUCGAACAGGAAAAGAUGAAAAUUCUGAGCCAAAAUGAAUAAACUGAUUGAUUUAAAUUUGAUCAAUUGAACAUCUCAA